AUGAUGCGUAAGCAGCACUUUGAGACGGAUGUAGAAGAAUACCGCAACAAGAAGAGGCAUGAAUUGCAGACGUUCAAGACCCAUAACACGAGAGGCAGCUCGGGUCUGGUGACUCGUCCUCAGUGGAUCAUUGCAUUCGACUCGGAGAAUAUUGUGUUGGGCAUGACGGAGUGGUUACCCAAAUGGAAGACGAAAAGAACGCGCGUGUUCAAAGGAAAACUGUGGCCUGCGAAUCUUGAUAAUUAG